ACAAAAGAAGAAUUCCAAAAACAGCUCCCACAUCCACCGCCCCUUCCAAUGCUUUAUUGUUUUUUAGAGAGAGAAAAUUCCCCCAAAACGAUGUGUGAGAGAAGAGAGAGGGACAGAUAGACUCCAUUGGCUUCUUCCUUUUUGCCAAUCUGUCUUCUCCUCUUCCUUCUUCUCCACCACCACAAACCCUAACCCUAUUUCCAGUUUCUCCCCCAAUUCAUCAUUUGCCAGGGUUUCUGUCUGGGGAUCGGGUUUUUGGGUCAAUUUCUUGGUGGGAUGUGUCUUUGAUCUGUAAUUCGAUCUGGGUUUGGGAUUUUUUGAGAUGGGUGGGGGCGAGUUUCGUCGGCCCGGUUUGGUGGCAUAUGCUCCACCUCCUGGCUACUUCGCAUUGGAGAAUAACAGUACUCUAGAGGAUAUUUCUGUGACUAAAAGAGGCAGGAUGCGGAGGUGGCUCUGUUGUACUUGUCACGUGGAAGAGCCUUACCAGUCAAAUGAAAGCGAGCUCUUGAAAAGCCCCAGGAACCACACAGAUGGAAACCCAAAAGGCUCAAAGGUGUCAGCUCCUGUUAGAAGUGAAGUGCAAAAGACAGCACCCCCUAUUGAAGUACCUGAAUUGUCUGUGGAAGAACUAAAGGAAAAGACUGACAAUUUUGGAUCAAAGGCGUUGAUUGGGGAAGGAUCCUAUGGAAGAGUAUAUUACGCCAGCUUGAAUAAUGGAAAAGCUGUGGCUGUAAAAAAACUUGAUGUUUCAUCUGAGCCUGAGACCAAUGUCGAAUUUUUAACUCAGGUUUCCAUGGUUUCAAGAUUGAAGCACGAAAAUCUGGUUGAGUUGCUUGGUUAUUGUGUGGACGGAAACCUCCGUGUGUUGGCAUACGAGUUUGCGACCAUGGGAUCUCUGCAUGACAUUUUGCAUGGCAGAAAGGGAGUCCAGGGGGCACAACCAGGUCCUGUGCUUGACUGGAUGCAACGGGUGAGAAUUGCUGUUGAUGCAGCUCGGGGAUUGGAGUAUCUCCAUGAAAAGGUUCAACCUUCCAUAAUACAUAGAGAUAUCAGAUCUAGCAAUGUGCUUCUAUUUGAAGACUUUAAAGCCAAGAUUGCAGAUUUUAAUCUUUCAAAUCAGGCUCCUGACAUGGCUGCUCGCCUUCAUUCUACUCGAGUCCUGGGAACCUUUGGCUAUCAUGCACCAGAGUAUGCAAUGACUGGACAAUUGACUCAGAAGAGUGAUGUGUAUAGUUUUGGGGUUGUUCUGUUAGAGCUUCUAACUGGGAGAAAACCAGUUGAUCAUACCAUGCCUCGUGGACAACAAAGUCUGGUCACCUGGGCUACUCCAAGACUGAGUGAAGACAAAGUUAAACAAUGUGUAGAUCCCAAACUAAAGGGAGAAUAUCCUCCGAAAGGAGUUGCGAAGCUGGCCGCUGUGGCAGCAUUAUGUGUUCAGUAUGAAGCUGAGUUCCGGCCAAAUAUGAGCAUCGUUGUGAAGGCUCUCCAACCGCUUUUAAAGGCUGCUGCCCCAGCUCCUGAGGUUUAAGGGGGAAAAAAUAGAAUGGCAUCUCUCCUUGUGUUUGAAUUUCUGGGCAUCUUGCACAGUUUGGUUUGAUCUUCUUCAUCUUGCAGGCGAAUUUCUUCCGGUCAAUGGAUAUAUAUAUUUUUUUAUUUUUCGGAUUUGAGAAUGGAUGUGUAGGGAGUUGGAUUGUGGCCCAUUUCAUGUAGCGCUAAAUUCUGUCUCUUGCUGGUAAUUGCACCAUGGUGUGCUCUAAAAGUCUUUUGUUGAUUCACAUAUUUGACAAUGGGGAUUGGGUUGUGUGUUGUUGGAGAAGUAUCGCCAAAACUUGGUAUUUGUUUGCUUUCUCUUCUUUUUCUUGUAUCUCACAAUAAUAGUUCCAAAA